AUGGGUAGAGGAAGAGGCAGAGGGAAGAAGCUAACCAUAGUCAGGAGCCAUGAAGACAAAGGAAGCAGCGGUGAGGAAGUUGUGCCUUCAAGAAAGAGGAGAGGAAGGCCCCAAAAGCGCUUCGCCGAUAAGAUUGAUCAAACAGAUGUUGAAAAUUUUGUUGAAAAGGUUGAUGGAGAUGGUGAAGAAGUUGAUGACGUGAAGCUGAAGAACAGCACUUCAUCUGUUGGCAACAAGAGGGGCAGGCCGCUGAAAGAAGGCUCUAACCUUGUCCUAGAAGAGAAUAACUCUAGUAUUCGACCAAGCAGUGAUGAAUCAACGAGGACUAACGGAUUCAGGCAGAUUGGAAGCCGGAGGAAAAGCAAACCCCGGCGAGCGGCAGAGGCAGGGCUAGAAUGCAAGUGA